AUGUUCAGAAACAAUUAUGAUAACGAUUCUGUUACGUUCUCUCCGCAAGGUCGAAUCUUUCAGGUCGAAUAUGCUUCUGAAGCUGUGAAGCAGGGUAGUGUUGUUGUGGGAAUAGUUAGCAAGACUCAUGCUGUUCUUGUAGCUUUAAAGAGAAACGCAGAAGAACUCUCCUCGUACCAAAAAAAAGUAAUCGCCAUCGAUGAGCACGUUGGUCUCGCCCUCGCCGGUCUCGCCUCAGAUGCUCGCGUCCUCUCCAACUUCAUGAAAAACCAAACCCUCGCCUCACGCCUAACCUACGACCGAGCAAUCCCCAUCGAACGACUCGUCGCUUCAAUCGGUGACCGUGCCCAAACCAAUACUCAACAUUACGGCAAACGACCAUAUGGAGUAGGACUCCUCGUCGCCGGCGUUGACGAAACCGGCCCUCAUCUAUUCGAAUUCCAACCAUCGGGUAUGACGCAAGAAAUGAACGCAUGUGCAAUUGGAGCGCGGAGUCAAAUGGCAAGAACUUAUCUAGAGAGACAUUUGGAGGAGUUUCCAGAGUGUGGGAGAGAGGAAUUGGUUAAGCAUGGUUUAAGGGCGCUUAAGGAGAGUUUAGCUCAGGAUAAGGAAUUAACGGUUGAGAAUACUAGUGUGGGAGUUGUAGGGUUGAAGCCAGAAGGCGCAAAACGUAUUGAGGCUUUCAAGCUUUUUGAUGGUCAGGAUGUGAAGCAGUGGGUGGAUUUGGUGGCUGAUGGUGCAGAGGGUGCAGAGGGAGGGGAAGCGGAAGCAGAAGUAGCUGAUACUAUGGAAGUAGAUGCUUGA